GAGGACGGCGGGGCGGGACAUGUAAAUGACCGUCCACGGGGCGGGGCAUUGCAUGUAAAUAAGGGGCCCGGGUGGCGUAGGAAGCGGGGCGAGGUCCAGCGCGCAGGAAAGCCCCGUGCGGCGCGUGGAGCCUGAGCGCACAGGCACCUUUACAUCCCCAAUGGGGUGGCUUCGCACCAAGUUCCUGAGCUCUGUGAGUUUCCUGAUUUUGCUGUGGGUGGCUGGCUCUGGGAGCAUUAAGGUCCUGGGUGAGCCCACGUGCUUCUCUGACUACAUCAGCAGUUCCACUUGUGAGUGGUACCUGGAUGGCACUGUCGACUGCAGAUCUCAGCUCCACCUGUCUUACUGGCUGGACUUCGAGUUCUAUGAAAACCUCACAUGCAUCCCAGAGAACAGCGCCAGCACCGUGUGUGUGUGCCACAUGAACACUGAUGAUCUGGUCCAGACAGACAUCUACAAACUGGUCCUGAGGGCUAAGGGGCGAUUGCUGUGGCAGGGCUCCUUCAGGCCCAGUGAAAAUGUGAAACCCCUGGCUCCAGACAACCUCACAGUCCACACCAAUAUCUCCAAUACAUGGCUGCUGACAUGGAGCAACCCGUACCCAUCAGAGAACACCCUGUACAAAGAACUCAUCUACAUGGUCAACAUCUCCAGAGUGGACAACCCUGAGGAAUCCAUAGUAUAUAAUGUGACCUACAUGGAACCUAAGCUGCUCCUCCCAACCAAGACCCUCAAGUCGGGGGUGCACUACAGGGCACGGGUGAGGGGCUUGGCCAAGAGCUUACAAGGCACGUGGAGUGAGUGGAGUCCCAGCAUCAUGAUACACAACCACUUCCCGCUGCCCCUGGUGCAGCGCCUCCCACUGGGGGUUGGCAUCUCCUGCCUCUGCAUCCUGUUGUUUUGCCUGUCGUGCUACAUCGGCAUCGUCAAGAUUAAGAAGACGUGGUGGGACCAGAUUCCCACCCCAGCACGAAGUCCCCUGGUGGCCAUCAUCAUUCAGGACUCACAGGUGCCUCUCUGGGAAAAGCAGACCCGAAGCCAGGAGUCAACCAAGUGCCCACGCUGGAAGACUUGUCUGACCAAACUGCUGCCCUGCUUGCUCGAGCAUGGUUUGAAGAAGGAGGCAGAGUCCCCAAAGGCUGCCAAAACUGGGCCUCUCCAGAGUCCUGAAAAGGCAGCCUGGCGUUCCGUGGAGGUCAACAGGACAGUCCUCUGGCCAGAGAAUGUCAGUGUCAGUGUGGUGCGCUGUAUGGAGCUGUUUGAGGCCCCAGUAGAGAGUGAGGAGGAAGAAGAGGAGAUGGUCAAAGGGGACUUGAGCAUGUUACCUGAGAACAGUGCAGGUGGUUUGCAGGAGGGUCAGGCAGACAUCAUGGCCCGGCUCACUGAAAACCUGUUUUCAGACUUGCUGAAGGCUGAAGAUGGGGGCAUUGGCCAGUCGAGCCUGGGGGAGUCGUGCUCCCCUCUGCCUUCAGAAAGUGGGCAAGCUUCAGUGACCUGGACCCGCUUCCCCAUGGGGUCUGAGGAGGCCACAUUCGAGGCCACAGAGCAGCCUUCACACCCAGACCCUCCUUCAGGCACCCUAACCCAUGGUGCAACUGACCCAGCCUGCACGCAGGUGCCACUUGUCAUCACAGACAAUCCUGCCUACCGUCGUUUUAGUGACUUUGACAGCCCGUCCCCACAUCCUGAAGAACUAGCCUCAGAACAGCAGCAGGCUGCACACCUGGAAGAAGGGGACCCUUCAAGCCCAGCUGACCCUCACUCUUCAGGCCCACCUAUGCAGCAAGUGGAAAGCUGGGAACAGAUCCUUCACCUGAGUAUCUUGCAGCAUGGGGCAGCUGGCCGUGCCUCAGCCCCUACCAGUGACUACCGGGAGUUUGUGCAGGCAGUGAAGCAAGGUGCCAUCCAAGACCCCAGGGUGCCUUGCUUCGGGCCCAGUGCAGAUGCUGGUUACAAGGCUUUCUCUAGCUUGCUCAAUCACAGUGCCAUCUGCACAGACACAGCAGGGUUGGGGACUAACAGUGGGCAUGGAGGCUACAAACCCUUCCAAGCAGGACCAGGGACUGACAGUGGGCAUGGAGGCUACAAGCCCUUCCAAGCAGGACCGGGGACUGACAGUGGGCAUGGAGGCUACAAGCCCUUCCAGAACCCUGUUCCUAACCAGUCCCCUAGCUCCAUGCCCUUAUUCACCUUCGGACUGGACAUGGAGUUGCCAUCCAGUUCUCUGAACUCAGUCCCACCCAGCAGCACCCCAGAAUGCCUUGGUCUGGAGGUAGGACUCAAAGGAGGUGACAGGCUAAAGGUCCCUCCUGCAGAUCAAGUGACCAAGCUCUUUGGAGAUGACCUAGGCUUUGGCAUUGUCUACUCUUCCCUCACCUGCCACCUGUGUGGCCACCUGAAGCAGCACCACAGCCAGGAGGAAGGUGGCCAGAUCCACAUAGUUGCUAGCCCCUGCUGUGGCUGCUGUUGUGGGGACAUACCACCAUCCCCAGGGAGCCCCUCAGGGGCCUUGGAAACAUGCCCUGGGGAGAUGCCACCAGAAGCCAGCUUCACCUCAGCACACGGGACACCUUCAAACUUGUCAGUGGAGGGCAAGACCGCUGAUCAUGCUAUUUCCAGCCAUACCAGCAAGGUGUCUGCAGGCACCCUGGGCAUGGCAGUUUCUUAGGUGAGUGAGUUUGUUGUUGUUGAGGUCAGUAAUGAGGCCAGAGUUCAUCCAAGCCAGGGAAAUGCCUCCCAGGAGACAGCCCAGCUGGCAGGUUUCCCAGAAAUCUAGAGAAGGCUGAAUUGAAGAUGUGAACUCAGUCUGACCCUGAAGCUUGGAGCUCGGCUGCCUUCCCACCACUGGCCUGGGCUCUCCUCACAAGGGAUUCGGGGGCUCAGUAUUCUGUGUCCAACAACAGUGCUGAGGAUCCUAAGCCCAUUGCUCCCCCAGUUGUUGGUGCCCUACCUGCUCAGGCCCAUUUUUUUUUCACCAAAUAGAUCUGUUGCCCAAGGCUA